AUGAAGUUUUCAAGAUCCAAAGGCCCCCGGAUCAAGCCGGAUGCUCAUUUCCAGGAUCAAAUCCCCCCCGACCAUGUCGCGCCUAUCCCCGGCACUGAAAGGGAGGAGGUCGUCGAUGGGCGCAUUCCAUUACUCACCUGGCGCUCCUUUCUCAUGGGUAUCUUUGUCUCCAUGGGCGGUUUCUGCUUCGGCUAUGAUACCGGUCAAAUCUCUGGAUUUCUUGAGAUGAAGAAUUUCCUGCAGCGAUAUGGGCAGCUCGGAUCGGAUGGGACCUAUUAUUUUUCGAACGUGAGAUCGGGACUGAUAGUCGCUUUGCUCUCCAUCGGCACCCUCAUCGGAGCCCUCAUCGCUGCCCCUAUUGCCGAUCGCAUCGGUCGCAAAUGGUCCAUCACCGGCUGGUGCGGCAUGCUCUGCAUCGGCAUCACCGUCCAGAUUUCCAGCCCCUCGGGAAAAUGGUAUCAAGUCGCUAUGGGCCGCUGGGUCGCCGGACUCGGGGUCGGCGCGCUCUCCCUGCUAGUACCUAUGUACCAAGCUGAGUCGGGACCGCGACACAUCCGAGGGUCCCUGGUCAGCACCUACCAGCUCUUCAUCACGCUGGGCAUCUUCGUCGCCAACUGCAUCAACUUCGGCACCGAGGACCACAACAACACUGGCUCCUGGCGCAUCCCCAUGGGCGUCACCUACAUCUGGGCCAUCAUCCUGGGCGUCGGCAUGGCCUUCUUCCCCGAAAGCCCCCGCUACGACUACCGCCACGGCAAAGUCGACCGCGCCAUCCGCACGCUCUCCAAUAUGUACGGGGUCCCUCGGAACCACCGCGCCCUACGUCUCGAAUUCGAGGAGAUCCGUCAAAAGUACGAGGAGGAAGUCCAGCGCGGCAAAGUCACCUGGAUGCACCUCUUCCGGGCGCCUCGCAUGGCCUACCGCGUCGCCGUCGGCGUCGCCCUACAAGCCCUCCAACAGCUCACCGGCGCCAACUACUUCUUCUACUACGGCACCACCAUCUUCCGCGGCGCCGGCAUCCAGAACUCCUACGUCACGCAGAUGAUCCUCGGCGGCGUUAACUUCGGGUGUACGUUUCUAGGCCUCUACUUGAUCGAGAACUAUGGUCGUCGUCGCUCGCUUAUCGCCGGCGCCUUGUGGAUGUUCGUCUGCUUCAUGGUAUUUGCCUCUGUCGGCCACUUCCUGCUCGACCGUGACAACCCCGAGUCGACGAAGACCCCCGGUGUGGUCAUGGUCGUCUUCGCGUGUCUCUUCAUCCUCGGCUUCGCGUCUACCUGGGGUCCCUUCAUCUGGACCAUCAUCGCAGAACUAUAUCCGAGUGAGUAUCGCGCGCGCGCAAUGUCCCUAGCCACGGCGUCGAACUGGCUCUGGAACUUCCUACUGGCGUUCUUCACCCCUUUUAUCACCAGUGCGAUCGACUUCCGGCUCGGGUAUGUCUUUGCUGGGUGUUUGUUCCUGGCGGCUGCGUUGGUUUAUGUGGCUGUUAUUGAGGGGAAGGGGCGUACGCUGGAGGAGAUUGAUACGAUGUAUGUGAUGAAGGUGAAGCCGUGGAAGAGCUCGAAGUUUGUGUUUCCGGUUGAUGAGUCGAGUGAGAGGGAGAGGGGUGGUAGUUCGUGGGAGAAGGAGUCUGAAGCUGUGGAGGGGAGGGCAGCUCAUGUGUCAGACUUGAAUGGGAGGGGAGGGCCCGGAGGGGAGUUUAGGGUGUAA